UCAUUACCUGAAAUUACCUAUCCUGAACCAAUACAUCCUGAAUAGCAUCACUGUGAAUCACCCUACUUCCUACAUGCACUAUUAAUACUCAUUAUCUAUUUAAAAUGGCUUCUGCGCUGAAGCUUGUGGGUUUUAAUUCACACCGAAGGACAAACAUUUGUGUGUUGGACAUGAAUGUUCGUUCUGGCUCUGGAUGUUUCGAUUAGCUUCUGAGAUGUUUCUGGAUAAACUCAGAAAGUUUGAACAAAUACAAUAUUCAUGUAUUGUUCAAAGUCUCAGAUUACUCCAGAAGAAGCCUGUUUAAUAGAGCAGCAAACUAGAAAACAGGCACAAAAUAAAAUUUGGCAUAGAGAACGAAGUCUGAGGAUAACUAGUUCUCAUGUUCACAAUAUCUGCAAAUUCACAGAGAGAAGAGAUCGAGUGAAAUAUGCUGAAGAUAUUUUGUGUCCCAAGCAAUUCAAAAGUGAAGCAACAGAAUGGGGAAAUUCAAAAGAGAGCACAGCAAUUGAUUCGUACGAAUCUAUAUCUCACAAUAAAGUGGAACGUUGUGGAUUCUUCAUUUCCAAUGAACAUCCACAUAUUGGAGCUUCACCUGAUGGAUUAAUUGGAAGCUUAACCAUUUUGGAGAACGCCAUACUCUAUAUGGUAGACGAAUCGAGGAAAAAAGUGAAUAAGAAAAAAUACCAGGAAAGGAUUAACUCAGCUUUCAGAGCUUCAAUUUUUGCUGGACAAGAACAGACUAUGUUGAAGUUAUUGAAAAAGGGGGCGGAUAUGAAGUUGACAGAUCGUACAGGCUAUAACUGUCUCCACCACGUAGUGGUAUGCGGACAUUACAGACUGAUAAAACACCUGGUGGAGUACGGAGCUGAUUUAGAGCAAGAAUGCCAUUUGUACGGGUACAAACCAAUUCAUCUGUGUAUUUAUACAACAAACAAAGAAGAAUGCUUAAAAGAACUAUUGAAAUAUGGUGCUAAACCAGAUGCCGUUGACCGUUUGAAUAAUACAUUGUUACAUUUAAUGGUGAAGUUUAGGCCCCAAGAAGUAAGUUUUAUUGAAACACUUCUGAAUUACGGUUUGAAUCCGAAUGCCACAAACAUAAAAGGAAACACCUGUCUCCAUAUUAUUGCAGCCUCUCGCUCAUGCCCUGCAAAAGUAGCCUUGUAUCUGGCGAGAAAAUUCUUGGAAAGAGGCGGUGAUAUCGAUCAUGUGAAUAAAUCCACUGGUGAGACAUCCUUGCAAAUUGCUUCCCGUAAAGGAAAAAAGUAUUUGGUCGAACUUCUACUUCGCGAAGGGGCUGCUAUGGACGUGAGGAGUCAUAUUGGAUUUACAGCUUUCGAAGGAUUGUUCCUUGGAAAUCGUCCAAUGACAGACAUUAUCACUAUAUUCAUCAAGCACAUCGCCCUCAAAAAACAUUGUGGGGAAAUGGUUGAAGACAGUGUUUUCCAGAGAAUAGCAUCCGAUGUUAACCUCCAAAUAAUAUACCGUGAUUACGAUGAAGAUUUGAACCGUCUGAAAUCCACAGAAAUAAUCGAAACACACUGGGUUACACUGUAUCAUAUAUUGUGCGGCAAGAAAAGUGAGGUCAACAAUUACCUAAGUAGCGCUAGUGUCCGAGAUAACAUUUUCUCACAAGAAGUAUCCACCGUUUACUGGAAAGAAAUUCGGCACAAAUUUUCGAAGACAAUGAAAAUGCUUAAGUUGCAAGAGCAGGCCUGUGAAUUUUUAGAUGCAGUUCUCGAUGGCAGACUUCCCUCAUUAUGUGUACAGCAUAUAUCGAAAUAUUUGUCCAAGAAAGAUGUGGAGGCAUUGGCCGCAUCACUAAUGAACAAAUAUAAUUGAAAUAUAGUGGGAACAAUCCUUCGUUGAAGCUGAAAUAUCCAUAUUAUCUAUUUUCAACCUCAUAUAGUCAUAAACUCUCCAGGAAACCAACAUGUACUAAUAAAAAAACGCUAAGAGACAAUGAGGUUUCGACUAUCAUUUGUGCGAGAAAGCAAUAUGGAAGCCACAUAUAGACAAAGUUAGGUGGAUUGGGUCGAAUAGGUUAUUUCACUGUGUAAACAGUACUAACAGGAUACCCUAUUCAAUAGUGGAUUUUUGGAGAUAGAGGACG